AUGGCAAUAGGAUCAGGAAUUAAAAAACGAAUCAUGGGACACAUGGUUAGCAAUCUUUGUUCCAAAAUGAAUAGAACAAAAAAAAUUCCUGGAGACGAUGCUCUGGAAACUCCAUUGAAUCGCUGUCUCAAUACGUUUGACAUUACACUUUUAGGUAUCGGACAUAUGGUUGGAGCUGGAAUUUACGUAUUGACGGGUACCGUUGCAAAAGAUUUAGCCGGUCCAGCAAUUGUAUUAUCAUUUUUGUUAGCUGGAUUAACAUCUUUACUCGCGGCUUUAUGCUAUGCAGAAUUUGGAACUCGAGUUCCAAGAGCUGGAAGUGCUUACGUCUAUACUUACUGUAGCAUCGGUGAAUUUUGGGCAUUUGUCAUCGGCUGGAACAUUAUACUGGAACAUAUGAUUGGAGCUGCAUCCGUUGCUCGAGCUUGGUCCGGGUAUGUUGAUUCAUUGUUCGGAGGAGCAGUCAGCAACUUGACAUUAUCCGUUUUUGGAGAAAUGCACGUACACCUUCUUGGACAUUAUCCCGACGUGUUAGCAUUUUUGGUUUGUCUAACGUACGCUGGACUCCUUGGAGUGGGAGUGAAAACAUCAGCAAUGAUCAAUAGCAUAUUUACUCUAAUUAAUUUGGCAGUGAUUACGAUUGUUGUUUGCGUUGGAUUUUAUUAUGCCAAAAUGGAAAAUUGGACAUACGGAGGAUUUUUCCCGUUUGGUUUUUCCGGAGUGGCAGCGGGUGCAGCAACUUGUUUUUAUGCAUUUGUAGGUUUCGAUUCCAUAGCAACAUCCGGAGAGGAAACGACAAAUCCGGAAUUUUCAAUACCUGUUGCAACGGUUGCUUCGAUGAGUACCGUCACCAUCGGUUACAUAUUAGUCGGUGCUGCACUUACUCUUAUGGUUCCAUACGAGAAAAUCGAUCCGAACGCAGCUCUCCCACAGGCUUUUGCCAAUAAGGAUUUACCAUGGAUAAAUUACAUAGUGUCCAUAGGUGCACUUUGUGGUAUGACGACCACUCUUUUCGGUUCAUUGUUUUCUUUACCGAGAUGUAUGUAUGCGAUGUCUUCGGAUGGAUUGCUGUUUAGCUUCUUGGGAAAAGUACACGAAAAAACACAGGUAAAAGCAUAA